CAUGCUCGGCGCAGUUGGUCUGAGGAAGCCGACGACAGCGCCCAUCUUGUUACUUCGUCAUCCAUAUACUUAAUUAUUCGAAAUGUGAGUUUAGUUUAGUCAAUAAAUUAUUUGGACCCGGAUUCUGUUUCACAAGUUUCUUCAUUUAUCUGUCUAUAUUCUCCGAUGAUCCAGUCCAGACGGCUUGUAGAAUAUAGCAAUGUCUUCCACCUUGCGGACCAGGCGUGGAGCGGAGACUCAACCCGAUGACCCACGGGAAGGCGGUUGGGGUAUAGUGGUGGUCAUCGCCGCUCACCUGUCCUUCGCAAUCCAGAAUGGUCUUCUACGGAGCCCAGGCGUCUUGUACCUUAGCUGGAAGGAAGAUUUCAGCACCAACGACAGAGAGACGGCGGCCGUUCAGAGCGUCUUUUCUUCCGUGUCGUGUUUCUCCGGUCUCCUUGGCGGGAUUUUGACGGAACGUUUUGGCUGCAGAGUCACAGGAAUCGUCGGAGGAGUUUUGACGUUUCUUGGUCAUCUCUGUACCUACUGGGUGACUGAUAUAUACCAACUCUACAUCACAGCUUCGAUAAUCGGAAUAGGGAUAGGGAUAGCUUCGAAUCCGGUUGUGGUUGUCGUCGCGAUGUACUUCAAAAGAAAAUACAAGCUAGCCCACGCGGUAGCCAUCUCUGGCGAAGGAACGGGCAUCAUGGCGGCUCCGCCGUUGUUCCAAAUGGUUUUGCAAAGCUUUGGUUGGCGAGGGACGUUUGUGAUCGCCUCUGCAGUUGCGGCAAACAUUGUCACAUUUAGCGCACUCUUCCGCCCAAACGGAACCAAACAGAAGUCCAAGGGGGGUCCUCAUUCAAGUCAGCAAAACCUGGCUAAGGGUGAGCAGAAUAGCGACGACAACUCUGGUCAUAGUGGUGGCUUAGGCCAAGCUGCAGAACAUGGGGAAACACCCAACAGCAACAUGGGUAAUGUCUCACUCGUAUUGGACACAAAGAAUGCAAAUCCCAUUCUUAGAUUACUCAAGAGAUUAGCAGUCCGUUUUGGGUUCCAUCUGUUUGUGAAAAGCUACCGCUUCGUUCUGCUGUGCGCCAUUCAGCUGCAGUUUAACAUCACGUACAUUGGAUUCGUGCUCUACCUCGUUCCCCGCGCACAGAGCGUGGGUGUGGCGCCCUCCAGCGCCGUCAUCUUGCUCAGUAUUUUUGGCAUCGGGAACUUGCUCGGUCGUCUUGGAAGCGGAUUGUUGGUGAGUUGGAAGAUAUCGGCCGAGCACGUGUCCGCCAUCACCAUGGUAAUUGCUGGGGUGUCCUUACUGAUCAUGAUCUCUGAAAGGUUUUCUCUUUUCGCAAUAGCUUCGUUUCUAUAUGGAUUCGUGUCGGGUGUCUAUUUCGCCAUCGGGUUCGUUUUAAUUCGGCAGUGUGUCGGCGUGAGGAAAUUAGCUGUUGGAGUUGGAUUCAGCCAGAUCUUCCUGGGCAUUGGAGCUGUAACUGGCCCUGUUGUAGCGGGGUGGAUCCUUGACCUAACCGAUGAUAGCUAUCAGACUGUCUACUACGUGGAGAGCGCAAUAUGCUUCAUCUGUGCCGUACAAAUGCUCCUCUUACCCCUACUGAGACGGAUAGAACCAGGCAUCGAAAUCAGCCCUACCGAUUCUUCGGACUGCAAGAAUGUACUAAACAGUCGAUCCAAUAUGCCAAGAGCGUCUAACGUGCGAAAUAGACAUGCAGCGGAGGCUCAGCCCGAUGUUCCACGGGAAGGCGGCUGGAGUAUCGUGGUGGUCAUCGCCGCUCACCUGUCCCUCGCAAUCCAGACAGGUCUCAUGCGGUGCGGAGGCGUCCUGUACCUGAGCUGGAAGGACGACUUCGAGAUCAACGACAAAGAAACGGCGGCCGUUCAGAGCAUCUUGUCUUCCGUGGGAAGUUUCUCUGGUCUCCUUGGAGGGGUUCUGACCAAACGUUUCGGCUGCAGAGUCUCAGAAAUGGUCGGAGGAAUGUUGACGUUCAUUGGUCUUCUCUGUAGCUACUGGGUUACUGAUAUAUACCAGCUGUACAUCACAAUUUCAAUAGUCGGAGUUGGCAACGGGAUUUGCUAUAAUUCAGCUUUAGUAGCCGUGGCGAUGCACUUCAAGAGGAAAUACAAGACAGCCCACGCGGUGGCCUCCGCGGGGAAUGGAACCGGGCUCAUGUUGGUUCCGCCUUUGUUGCAACUUCUGGUGGAAAGAUACGGUUGGCGAGGGGCGUUUCUGAUCGUCUCUGCGAUUGCGGCAAACUGCGUAGCGUUUGGUGCACUUUUCCGUGCGAACCGGACUUGGCGAAAUUCCAUGAGUCGACCGGCAUCCAAUGAUGACCAAGCUAGUAACGGAGACUCUUGCCAUGAUGAUGAUGUUCACGAACUCGAACCAAUGCAUUUAGAACUUGAGACGACUCUCAACCACCAGACGGCUGAGGUCUCACUCACAACUGACACAAAGAACCCCAAUGCCGUAGUGAACUUACUAAAAAAAUUAGCAGUUUCUCUGGGGUUUCAUCUUUUUGUAAAGAGCUAUCGCUUCGCUCUGAUGUGCUUCAUUGAAAUACAGUACGUAACUGCGUACAUGGGAUUUAUUGUCUACCUCGUUCCCCGCGCACAGAGCGUGGGUGUGGCGCCCUACAGCGCCGCCAUCUUGCUCAGUAUUGUUGGCAUCGGGAGCUUGCUCGGUCGUCUUGGCAACGGACUGCUGGUGAGCUGGAAGAUAUCGGUCGAGCACGUGACCGCCAUCUCCAUGGUAAUUUCUGGCGUGUCCUUACUGCUCAUGAACUUGGAGAGCUAUUACAUUUUGGCGAUAGCUUCGUUUCUGUAUGGAUUUGCUUCGGGUUUCUGCUUCGCUAUCGUGGUCGUUUUAGUCCGAUAUUUUGUCGGCGUGAGAAAUUUAGCCAUUGGCCUUGGACUCUACCAGAUUUUGGUUGGCGUCGGGUCUCUUAUUGGGCCGGUCUUUGCAGGUUGGAUUCUGGACAUGACUGCGGGCGCAGGUAGUUAUCCCACAGUCUUCUACGUGGGUAGCGCAAUAUGCUUCAUCUGUGCUGUACAAAUGCUCCUCUUACCCCUACUGAGACGGGUGGAACCAGGCAUUGACAUCUGCCCCACCGAUGUAUGAAGGGACAUAAUUAUAUUUAGUCUCAAGAGGAUGAAACUUUGUCUUGCGAUCACUCCAAUCAAAAAGCUUUGUUGCCUCAUGGACCAACCGGCCAAACAUCUGUCGCCAUCAUUUAUAUUUUAAUAGGUCGAUGAUCAAUUUAUUGUAUUUUUGUCCAAAACAAUGAAAAUGACAAUGAAUUUGACUUCCCUCUACGACCUCUGCUGAGGCAAA